CGUCUGUCGCGUUCCGUUUCAUAAACAACGAGAGAUAAAUAUGUUUAGACGUCGCUUCUCUGAGUUAAUAGCAGUCAGAAAGUUUGAACCCAGGUUUACCAGUAGGAUUAUUUGUCAGCACACAGCAGUCUCCUUGACUCCCCUCCAGCCGUCUGCCAUUCCUCCCAUGAGGAUCCAGAGCUGACCUUUCUCCAGGAUGGAGGUGGCCGCGCAGACGCCAUCAGAGCCCCACAGGAGAGGGACGUCUCUGCCCCUGAGCCAGCUGGUGGAGGAGACCAGGAUCAAAGUCCUCCCAAAUCAUCUGCUGGAUUCAAAAAUCUACGCCAGAGUGAAAAGUAACAGUCACAUUGAAGCAGACCCCGCUGAGCUUCACUUCAGCGGCUUUGAGCUUGGGAAGAGUUACACCAAGACCGUGAAUCUAAUCAACAUUUCAAAUGCACCGGAGAAUAUUCACAUAAUUCCAACUCAAACAAAAUACUUCCAGACAACUUACACCAAAAAGGAUCGGCUCAUCCCCGGCCUCGCCUACACUGUGAAUGUUGCGUUCUGCCCAGAGGAUUGGUGUUACUUCAGCGACUGCAUCCGUGUUCACUGCAAGGAUGAAGAGAACCUGUUAAUUCCAGUCCAUGCUUACCCUGUCAUCAAUGACCUACUCAUCCCCACUCACAUCGACCUCCCUGCCAUACCGCUUGGACAAAGUGUUCAGCAUGUCAUUCCCCUGAGAUGCAGCUGUCCAGUUGACUUUGAGUUUCAGGUGUACAUUAUUCAGCCACAUGAUGCCUACUCCAUCGACCCCCUCGCAGGUGUGAUACCAGCCAAUGGGGAAGUUCUGAUGACCGUGACGUUCUGUCCUCUCCAGUAUGAAACGUCUCAGUUCACCUUCCAGCUGGUCGUCUCACAGUUCAACACCAAGCCCUACUUGUGCACCAUCACCGGGUUCUCCAGGCCCAAUUUACCACUCAGAACACCACAUGUCAGAUCUGGAGCCCCCGUAGAAUACGGAGGUCAUCCAACUCCACCACCUUCUGGACGUAAAAGCAAGGAGGCUGACAGAUUAAAGGCAGUAAAAGAUGAGGCGGAUGUUUGCCAACCAUCUUCCAUGGAUGUCUGUAGCCCUGGAGGGGUGGCGAAAAUUCUCAUCAAAGAUACAACCUUUUCCUUCGGCGGUACGAAAAGAAAUAUAAACAGACAGAUGAAAGAGGCUCUCUUCAUGAAAAAGGUUCGGCAGGCUAUCGAGGAGGAGCAAUACAAGUAUAUGAAAUGCCACGUUUAUCUAGGUGUGGAGCCGGUGUCUGAGAAAAGGCAGCGGUGGAUACUGGAGGAGAGAGAAAAGGCUCUGCAGGAAUACAUGGUCCAAAAAAGAGAUGAGAAGCAAGAUGAAGACUUCGCUCCCAGGCAGACCCAACUUUCGUCUAAACGAAUGCUUCGCGAUGAGUAUCAACACGAAGCUCCGGUCUUCCAGUCGUACACCAGCAUUUACUGGGACCUGAAGCAGAGAACCCUCACACUUUUCCAGCAGGCAGCUCGGAAGGUGGUGAUCCGAUACCGCAUGCAGCGCAGACUGGCCUCUUUAAAGAAACUGGUGGACAGCAUAAAGAAUGAUCCUUCAGUGCUGAAUGCAAAGGAGAUUGUCAUAUCUCUCGACAACGUGUUGCCGUCAUCUUUCCCAAAUUCCCCCCAUGAGGACAGUUCCACGGCUCUCAGGAAUUUUGUGGCUGUGCCUGUGGAUCCUAUCGAUGUGACCAUGACGGCACACAUUCCUUUCUUCAACCUCCAGGUUCCCCAGCACUACCAGCUGAUGGGUUACCAAUUCACUUGUGCCUGGGAAGCGUUUAGCUCCUAUUGUCCCACUACACUGGCCAGACCUCUUCGUGCUGGAGCGCCGGAAGUGCAGGGUCCAGUCGAACAACAGCUAGAUAGAGAGCUGCUGAAAUACGGAGACAGAAUGAUGGAUCGGGAGACUGCUGGACUCUCCUUCAAGCUUCCUGCAGCUCUCAUCAAGCCUUUCAACGCAAAUCCUCUCCGAAUCUUUAACCCGGCCCCGGGCCUUCAGGCUUUUAAACUGCAGCCCAAGUACUUGGAGAGCGACGUGGAGGUUCACCUCUGUGCUCUGCCGAAGUUUGCACAGUGUGAAAACAGAUCUGGCUUAAAGCCACCAACUCCACUGGCCCACUUUCUCCAUUUCCAGAAAACAACCGGCAUGAACAUAAAACAGAUCUCCGCCCCAGUCACCAAUAUGAGCUCUCGUCGUAGGUCCAUCGACUAUGACACAGACAUCCUUCCUCUCUCUGCUCCUCCUCUUCUCCCUGGCCUCCCCGAUGAUUAUCAUCUGCAACUAACAGAGUCCUCGUGUGAAGAUCAGGAAAUCCAGCUGACGCCAGAGAUGAUCAGAGCAGAGUUCUCAUUGAGGAAACCUACCGUCUCGAAAAGCAACCUCACCAUGGAGACAAUACCCAGGCUGGAGGUGAUCUACACAUCUGACAUCUACCAGACGCAAACAAGACUGAUGGCCAGGCUGGAAGACCUCAAAGAAGAGGAGUUUGAAUAGGCAAAAAGGCGCUGCACACACACACACACAAGCACACACACACAUCAUCUUCAGGAAUAAACACUACUGCUUUCCUCCGGAGGAACAUUAUUCAGCAGCCAUCCUACUCAGCCUCGUGAAAGACACUCAUUUGUCUGUUUUUGCCACUUCUGUAAAAUGAAACCCAGUUACUUUGGCGCCCACCUGUAAGGCUUCUUCCUGCCCACUCAGAAUUGCCCAUAAGCCACCCUUCUGAGCUCUCAGAAAGGCUAGAUCCAGCCUACUUGAUCCAGCAAAGGCACAGACGCAGAAUGUUCCAACAUCAGCUCUUAACAGCUUCAUUUUGACAGAGCUAUUUAUGACGUAAUCUGAAUUAAAAAACGUUCACAAUUUCUUUUGGUCUGACAGUGAGUAGCAAUUGAGAUUAUUAUUAUUUUUUGCUGUAUUUUUUGCGAAAAUUCAGCUUUUAAUUUGCCCUAAAGCCCCGUUGAUUUGCAGCCAUCCAGGGACCGGGUAUUAUUCCAACGUUAAUUAGAGACAUCAGUUCUACAUUCACACUUAUGCGACUGUAAGGGGAAAAAAAGGAAACAGCUGAGGUCAGGAUUUAAUUAUCAGAAGAGCUGACAAGCUGUGAAGUCACUGGGAUGCAGUCCAGCAGGGCGCAUGUGCCACCUGUCGCCCAUAGAGGGAGCUCCAGGUCUAUGACUCAGAUUUAGCUGCUUCUGUUUGCCUAUCAGUGAAUGUGUGUACACUCACUGUAAAGAAAUAAAGUAACACUGAAUUGCCUGUUUGUUCUCCCUUGUAGAGAAG